CUAUGCUCUAUGAUUGUCGGCCAUUGCCGUUUUGUGUUUGUGUGUUAUAAUUAAUGGUUAAAGAAUUUGUGUGAAAAUCCUCAAUAUGAAAAGAAGUUCUGAUCGUGAUACUCCACCUCCACGGAGCAAAAGAUCUCGUUCAAGUUUAGGAAGGUACGACGACAGCUCGGAUGAAAGGAUUACACCGGAGAGAAUACGGCGUCGCAGCCGUGGUAGAUCACCAAGCCCAAGAGGUCGAUACGCCGAAAGCUCUCAUCGGGAUGAUUAUGGACGUUCGAGAGAUAUAUCUGAUAGAGGUUAUCCUAGUUAUAAGGUUUUGUGUGUGAGUGCUUUACAUCCGAAAGCUAGUGACGAUGUUAUUAAAGAUACGCUGUAUAGGGAAUAUAAAAAAUAUGGAGAUUUUAGCAUUAGAAUAUCUCACGAUGUUGAUGAAAGGGUUGCUUACAUUUGUUUUCGCAGCUCGGAAGACGCACGUGAUGCUAAACAUAGUAAACCUAGAGUAAUUAUUUAUGAUAAGGUUGCACUGGUUGAAGCAGUGUAUGAAAGUCGAAGUGCAAGUGAUUUGUAUCGUAGGGGUAGCAGUAGACCAAGAAGUUUGACCCCUGACUAUGACAGAUAUUACCAUCAGCGGUCCAGGUCUCCUGGACCGGAUAGGCAUAGACCCAGUGAAAGCAGGUAUGAGCGCUCGUAUGGGCCACCGCCUGGUUUGCCUCAUAGAGAUUUUCGUCGAGAAGGUCCGCCACCACCACAUCAUGACUUUUUGAGGGCUCCUGUCCAUCAUGGCCCUCCACAUAUUCCACCAGGUCCACCACAUCAUUAUGGGCCACCUAGGCACAUGAUGCCUGGUGCUUUUAAACCUCAUCCUCACUUUGAUAAGUUUGAUAACAAAAAAGAUAAGUUUCCAAAUUAUUUGCAUCAUGUACCUCCGGAGGAUGACCCCUUAGCAACGCGAACAUUGUUUGCAGGAAAUUUGGAGAUAAAUAUCACAGAGGAAGAACUGCGCCGUAUAUUUGGUCGUUACGGGGUUGUCGAAGACAUUGAUAUAAAAAGGCCACCUCCUGGUACUGGAAAUGCUUAUGCUUUUGUUCGUUUUCAGAAUCUUGACAUGGCUCAUAGAGCAAAAGUGGAGCUUUCAGGGCAGUACAUUGGUAAAUUUCAGUGCAAAAUUGGUUUCGGAAAAGCUACUCCAACUACAAGAAUUUGGAUAGGUGGUCUUGGACCAUGGACAUCAAUUUCACAGUUGGAGAGAGAAUUUGACAGGUUUGGUGCUAUUAAAAAAAUUGAUUACGUGAAGGGAGACACGUGUGCGUACAUUCUGUACGAUUCUAUUGAUGCUGCCCAGGCAGCAGUUAAAGAAAUGCGCGGAUUUCCUUUGGGGGGCCCAGAGCACAGAUUACGAGCAGAUUUUGCAGAUGUUGCACCAUUUGUGUACAAGCCUAGGCCUUUUCAAGAUGACAUGGGUGCAGGUGGGGAUUUUAGAGUAAGAGUCCCAGGUAGAGAUGAUUUUGGUUAUGAUCCAGCUUAUGAACCUUGGCCAGAAGCAGAUUUUGGCUACGGGCCACCCAGAGGAGGUUUCAGAGGCCGUGGUAUGCCUUGGCACGAUCGUAGAGGAGGUGGGCGGGGGAUGUACAGGCCGGGAGGUUAUCCUGGGGACAUGUACAUGAAAGAUGAACCUGAUUGGGUCGUUAGGAGGCCGCCUCCAGAUGCAGAGUUUGAAGUGCCGCGCCCUCCGAGGAGAUCCGGCUCAGCAGAACCAGGUGUUGAUCGUUCAAGGUCGCAUUCUCCGAGACAUCAUUCUGUAGAAAGCGAUUCGGGCUCGGAUGGCCGACGCAAUGGAUUGCUGGGAUCUGCACGCACUUUGUCAGAGUUAGCAAGAAAGUGUGCUGCGGUGUGGCAUGGAGCGCUCAUCUUGAAGAAUUCGCUGUUUCCUGCCAAGUUUCACCUUACAGAUGGUGAUGCAGACAUUGUGGAGAGUUUAAUGAAAGAUGAAGAAGGAAAACAUCAUUUGCGAAUCACUCAGAGGCUGAGAUUGGAUCCGCCUAAACUGGAAGAUGUUUCUAAACGCAUUGCAUCGUCAAGUGCGCACGCCAUUUUCAUAGGCUUGUCUGGGUCCACUGCUUCUGUAACAAAUGAAGAUUCUACUGUUCAAACCAGACCAUUGAGAAAUCUUGUGUCUUAUCUGAAACAGAAGGAAGCAGCAGGUGUAAUUUCUUUGCUAAAUAAAGAUACGGAUGCAACCGGAGUGUUAUAUGCUUUUCCUCCAUGUGCAUUUUCUACAGAGUUGUUGAAGCGAACGGCACCCAACUUGUCAGAAGAGGGCUUGAAGGAGGACCACUUGGUCAUAGUAGUGGUACGAGGGGGCAGUGCAUAGGCAACAGGUAUCCUCUUGUCAUUUACAUUUGCCUAAUUACAAUUUUUACAUGCAUCGUAAUACUACUAACACAUGUUAAGUUGAAACUUGCUAACUGCUGAUAAGUAAAUGUUUUUAUAUGCCAAUAAUUUGUCUACAUCUUAAGCAUAAUGCUUCGGGUAUUGUUAUACCUAUUCUUGAAAAAAUGUAGCACAAUAGAUAGUAUAUAUUUUGGUUGGUGCAGGUAGCUAGAUUAUUUGUUUAGGUGUAAUGUUCAUUAUAUUACCACUGUAAUUAUGUCUCAUUUUCUUUAUAAAAUACAAUGUUUUUGAGUAUUACUUGCAAUGUUUAUCUACACACAUGUUAACUACUAACAUGAAGCAAUUUUAUGUUUACAAAAAAUUGGGCUUAUUUAAAUUUUCUUUUUGCAAUGGUUAAUUAAAUAUAGAGAAACAAUUUGAGCGUGGAAAUCUUUGAUAUUGAUAAAUAUUUUAAAUCAGAUAAAUUUUUUUGUAAGACUGAAGAACAUUAUAAUCUAAUUUAAUAACAUGUUCAAAUUAGUCUAUUUUUAAUCUUUUAUCAGUCAGAGGUAAAAUUUAAGUUAAUGCCAUAUUUUUGAACACAUGUUUAGUUACAUUUAUGGUUAACCAUUUGUGAUAAUGAUAAUUACGUAUGGAUGCUUACAUUGUUGGUUAACAAGCACAAGACUUUUAAAUUAUGUUUUCUUAUUGUUUCAUUUUUGUCUUAGUGAACUGUUGUGCUGGAAGUGGUAGUGAAUGAUUGUAAAUGUUCUUCAGUGUUGCAAGUAUGUACUGUAAAUGUUGAGCCUGUUGCCCAAGUUACCUAGCAUCAGCCAGGCUCCAUGGGACAACAGCCACGUGUCCAGAACUAAUUUAAAAUGUGUGUAGUGCCAACUUGUUUGAGGGAAUGAGUGAACUUGCGAGUGGCGUGAAACUUGAACAUUAUGGACCUAAUUUGAAAAAUAUUUGUUAACGUAUGAUGCGGUGUAUCAGUGUUGUGUGUACCAUUACAAAGUUUGUGCUUUUUUUUUGUUUUCACCAAUGACAAGUGCUUUGUUUGCCUCAAAAUACAUCUGAUGUCUGACUUGCCUGUAAAAGCUCUUUUUGGCUCCAGUGUUGAACAGUGUAGUGAGUUCGGUAUUGUGUCAAAUAGAAAUAUUACUUGCAGCAUUGAAA